CAAGUAGGAGUGGGAGGGAGACGCCGAGGCACACAAGAUGGCGGCGGCUGGACAGGGCGGGAGAUCUGGUGGCGGCGGAGGCAGUAGUGGAGCUGGCGGUGGCUCGAGCUGCGGGACAGGCAGCGGCCGCAGCGGCUUGUUGGACAAGGUGGAUUUCUGUCUCCUGGUUGGACUAUCAAGCUUAAUCUUAAAGUCCAGCUUUUGUAUCUUAGUAAUUGAGAACACAGGCUCUGGAGCCAGGCCAUCUGUCUUUGAAUCCUGCCUGCCACUUACCAGACAUGGAUACAGUUGGAGAGGGGAAAAGAAGCAACUUGCCCAAGACCACACAUGGAAGAUUGAUGAUAAGCCUGUGAAAAUUGACAAAUGGGAUGGAUCAGCUGUGAAAAAUUCUUUGGAUGAUUCUGCCAAAAAGGUACUUCUGGAAAAGUACAAGUAUGUGGAGAAUUUUGGUCUAAUUGACGGUCGCCUCACCAUCUGUACCAUCUCCUGUUUCUUUGCCAUAGUGGCUUUGAUUUGGGAUUAUAUGCACCCUUUUCCAGAGUCCAAGCCUGUUUUGGCGUUGUGUGUCAUAUCAUAUCCUUUAUUUAUACUCAGGUUUGUUUUCUAGUGACUAUUUUAAAAUCUUUACUGUUAACCUCCCUGUUUCCUACAAAAAACAAACUUUGAUCUGGGGGUCUGCCAAUGUUAGAAUUUAAUAUUAUCAGCUAUGGAAAUCUGUAAAUUUAUCUAGUAAUUAUCACUGACAUUUUAGAUUUAAUAUGUUUAUUUUAUCUUUAAUUCUAUUUAGUUAUUAAUAGAGGUCAUAAUCCAGGUGUGAGUACCUGAUAGCAAAACACAAUUAUGAUGACCUAGCUCUUCUUAUUUCUAGUCUAGAACUUCUCCCAUUAGACCAGGUUGCUUCAAGCCACUCAUACCAGGAUAUUAGGAAAGGAUCAGAUAUUGAAGGUUAGAUCUGUGUCAGGUUUCCUUGAAGCUGGGGGGCUGGACUGGGAGUUACUGAGCAUGAGGUAUAUAGGUGUGGCUUGUGUAACAGUGGGAAUAAGAACCUAUUGUGGAACUAGAGAAACGUGGGUUCGAAAUCCAGGUGGUUUUGUGAUCUUGUGCUAAUAAGAACUCUUUUUUGGAACUGUUUGAAUGUUGCUCAUUUGUAAAUAUGGGUAAUAUACACUCAGAAUUAUCAUUUUGGUAGGCAGUUUACUUUUCUUAACAGUGUUACCACAAUCUGAAAUAUUUCUAAAGUCUUCACUUUGGGAAUUUCUCUUCAAAGGUAUUUUGCAAGCCAUUUAAUAAAUCACGUUCUGGUCAAAAAUGCUAUUAUCCAAAUUGAUCCCAAAUCAUAGUCCCCAGACGUGGCAUCUACAAAUCAUCUCAUUAUGAAAUUUUUCACUAUACUUUCCUGCCUCUCACUGUCAUACAAUUUAAAUUAUACAGUGUAUACAAAGCUCUUAUGCCAAUUUCUGGCACAUAAUAGGUUCUCAAAAUAGUAGUUAAUACUGUCAAAAACUGAAUAUAAUAAGUUCCAUGUAUAUGAAGUAAUUGUUCUUAUAGUAAGUUAAUCUGAAGUCACUUCUCUUUUAAUGACUCAUGAAAUUGGUUGAGUUUGGUUAAGUUCACUGUGAUUAUUAGGUUUGUAUUUUAUAGAGAAAUAAGCCCAAGUCUUGACAAACUAGGUAACAGGAUCUUCUUAUACAUGUUACUAUUGAACAGAAAAAAUGAGAGCCGGUUUAUGCCCUUCCCUUUUGAAUUUCCCCUUUGAACACAAAAGGUAAGAGCUGGUUUUCUUUCUUUCCCUUUGAAGUUCCCCUUUGAAGUAUUCUAACCUAAGAGCCUUGCUUCUCUUGGUACAUAGACAUAAGAAUGAAAAUGAAAUGGCUAAAUAUUCAGUGUUUUUACAGCAAGACAGAAAUCUUUAGUGGUGUUUGUAGCCCUUGCUUGUCAAUAUGUGUUAGUUCUCUUUUGUGAGUAUGUUUGUGUGUUUUCCCCUUAACCUUAUUCGAACCUAUUUUGUGAUGAUGGGGAUCCUGACCAUUUAUACCUCAUAUAAGGAGAAGAGCAUCUUUCUCGUGGCCCACAGGAAAGAUCCUACAGGGAUGGAUCCUGAUGAUAUUUGGCAACUGUCCUCCAGUCUCAAAAG